AUGUCCGUCGUUGCGGACUCUCCCUCGCGCUCCCCGCCUCCCAAGCGCGUCCGCGCCGAGUCGCCCGCGGCCGCUCCAGCUGCCGUCGAUGCCGCUGCUCCUGCCGCUGCGUCCACUGCCGCCGCCCCGUCCUCGUCCAAGCCCGCUCAGAACAAGGGCAAGAACUUUCAGCAGGGAAAGGGCAAGAGGAAGCGUAACCGCCACAUCCUCCCCGACCCCUACUCAUCCGGCGACGUGCUGUACCGUGACGUGGUCGACUUUCUCGGCAAGGAGUAUGUGGACGAGAUCAUCGCCAAGGGCGACAGCAGCGAGUGGGACGCGCCCGCAGACCUCGAGCUCAUGUCGGUGAUUGAGCUCACUGCCGGUGUGAUGACUGUUUCCGGUGAGAGCCUCUCCAUGUACGAGAAGGACGGCAAGAAGUGGGCGAUUGUGGUUCCCUUUGCGCACCCGGGAGACAAGAUCCGCGCCAAGGUGUUCAAGCAUGACCGUCUCUGCUCGAUGGCCGACAUGGUCGAGAUUGUCGAGUACUGCGACGACCUGCGUGGUGGCGAGGGCGACCGCCGCGUCAACCCCGAGGCUGGCUGCAAGUACUUUGGCGAGUGCGGCGGCUGCCAGCUCCAGUCGGUUCCCUACGCCAAGCAGCUGCUGCACAAGGCUCGCACCGUCGACCUGGCGUACCAGCGCUUCUCGGGGCUGCAAGGUGGCAAGGUGCCCGGUAUUCUCCCUACCAUCGGCAGCCCGAAGCAGUGGGGCUACCGUACCAAGAUUACGCCGCACUUUGACGCCCCUCCCAAGUGGGCUCAGCGCCCGGAUCAGAACGAGGAGGACGCCAACGACGUGCGCGAGUGGUCGUGCCGUAUCGGUUUCGACCGCAAGGGCAAGCCAGGAGUGCUCGACAUUGAGGAGUGCCCCAUCGCCACACCAGUGUUGAACGCAAAGCUCAUUGACGAGCGCCAGAGGAUCAAGGAGACGAUUUGGUCGUUUAAGCGCGGCGCUACCGUUUUGCUACGCGACUCGCUGCCUGCCCCCGAGCCCAUCCCUACCGCUGAGAGCCCAUACGACCCUGCGUCGUCGACCGAGGUCGCCCAUGUUGCCAUCACCAACCACAAGGAGCUGGUUUACGAGCGCGUCGGCUCGUUCCUCUUCUCGUUUGCUGCCGGUUCGUUCUUCCAAAACAACAACUCGAUCCUCAUUCCCCUCACCGAGUACGUCAAGGAGGCCAUCUUCCCUCCCGGCUCGACUGCCAAGCGCCCCACCCACCUCGUCGACACGUACUGCGGUUCGGGUCUGUUUGGCAUCACCCUGUCGACCGAGUUCGAGCGCGUCGCUGGUGUGGAAAUCACGGCCGACUCUAUCACUGCCGCCAAGAAGAAUGCCGCCAUGAACGGUCUCCAGGACAAGACCACCUGGCUGUGCGGCAAGGCCGAGCAGAUCUUUGGCGGUCUCCCCGAGCAGGGCUUUGCCGGCGACCACUCGUGUGUCGUCAUCGACCCCCCUCGUAAGGGCUGUGACACGCCCUUCCUCGAGCAGCUCCUCGCCUUCAAGCCCCUCACGGCCGUGUACGUCUCGUGCAACGUCCACACCCAGGCGCGCGACAUUGGAUGGUUUAUCACCGAGUCGGAGAAGCGCGGAGAGGGCAAGUGGCGCUACGAGCUCGAGAGCCUGCGUGGCUUUGAUCUCUUCCCGCAGACCGCACACGUCGAGUCGGUCGGCGUCCUCCGCCUCGUGGAGCUCAACUAG